AUGAAGAUGGUGGAAUGUAAAGUGAAUGAAGGACAUUGUCUUACACUUUCCUAUCGCACCACUAUGAACACUCCUAUGCUGUCCUUUACUUUCAAAGGCUGUGCAAGAACUGACCAAUGUGCAGAAGGUUAUUAUAGCGUCACAUCGCUAGCCGACAAACACCAGCAGAUGAUAGUAGCGUGUUGUGAGAGUGACGGCUACACUCCUACGCUGUCCUUGACUUUCAAAGGCUGUGCAAGAACUGCCCAAUGUGCCAAAGGUUAUUAUGGCGUCACAUCGCUAGCCGACAAAUACAAGCAGAUGAGAGUAGCGUGUUGUGAGAGUGACGGCUGUAAUUCGGGACCUCUUCCUAUACCAUGGCAUAAUGAUCUUAAACCGAAUGGGUUGACCUGUCCGGGCGCUUAUGAAGAAAAUGGCUCCUCUAUAGAAAAUGGAACCGUCUUGUGUCUCGGCAAUGAGGUCCAAUGUUACAAUGCGAAACUCCAAAUGCGUCUAUUGUCAGCAUUCUACGCAGCAGUCCAUACCAAAGGAUGUGCAACCCAGAAUGUUUGUACUUACCCAAAAGGAGAAACGGAAAAAGGGAAUGGAUUACUUCGUGCCAAUCUUGAAAAAAUGGAAUGCCAGAAUCCUCAGGGAAUGGAAGGAUGGAAUGCCUUUUCAAAAACAAUGGGGUGGGGAUGGAAUUAAGGGCUUAAUCCAAAGAACCGUAAGAAUUUGGGAUCAAAGACACUCAGGUUCGAGAUUACAGUUGGUGAUUUGAGUUGGUGAUGGGUGUUGAUGGGGUUUAAUUACUACGCUUGGAUUUUCCACCUCACUGUGAGGUUCUUUCUUAACUUUCAACCGCCAUUAAGCUAGCAUCAAA